AUGGUCACUGUAGAGUCUCGUUCUAAGUCGCUGCGCAGCUGCGAGCUGCAAUUGGAUGGGAAGACGUCGUUGGACGACGUGCUUGUCCAGAUUUCGAAGCAAAACAAGGGUAUAAGCAAGCACAGGUUACGGUUGACGUACUUGAAGGAGAACAAGCAGGUGCCCAUUAUCGAGGAUGCGUUUUUCAGUAAAGAUGAUGGCGCGUCUAUCUCUGGAAUGACUCUGUAUGUCAAGGACUUGGGCCCACAGAUCUCGUGGAGACUUGUGUUUUUCAUCGAGUACCUGGGUCCCAUCUUGAUCCAUUCUGCGUUGUACUAUUUGUCGACCAAGAGUGCUGCUCGUGAGAGAUUCCACAGUAGGAGGCCGUACGACCCGUUUUUGAACCAGGUCGCCUAUAUAUUGGUUAUGGGACACUAUUUCAAGCGGGAAUUUGAAACGUUGUUUGUGCACCAGUUCUCGUUGGCCACCAUGCCGCUGUUCAACGUGUUCAAGAACUCGUUCCACUACUGGAUUUUGAACGGUGCGAUCUCGUUUGGAUACUUCGGUUACGGGUUUCUUCUGUCGAACGAACGCGUCUACGAAGUCUUGGACACUUUGAGACUGACUAAAUUAAGCACUCUAAUUGCCUUAUUCGCACUCGCUGAGACUUGGAACUUUUACAUCCACGUCCGGUUGAGAGUCUGGGGGGACCAGCAGAAGGCAUUGGGGAACGCAAAGAAACGUGUCCCGAUUAAUGACGGUGUGUUUAAAGCGUUGGUCGCUCCAAAUUAUACGUUCGAAGUGUGGGCUUGGAUAUUCUUCACUGUGAUCUUCAAGUUCAACUUCUUCGGUGUUCUGUUUUUGACUGUUUCGACAACCCAGAUGUACCUGUGGGCACAGAAGAAAAACAAGAAGUACGGUACAAGAAGGGCUUUCCUCAUCCCCUACAUUGUUUAG